AUGCACCAGGGGCUGCAGGACCGCCUCGGCGAUGAAGCCCGAAAUCGGCGAACCCAUUGGUGUGCCCUUCACCUGCCCGUAGAUUGUCCCAUCGAUCAUGAAGUACGUCCUGAGACAGAGCAUCAGGAGCUGAAGGAUUUGGGCGUGUCCAAGACGAUUCUCAGUUUCAUCGUAUUUGUUUUGUAGUAGCAGCUCGAGCUGCUACCGCCGAUUUCGGGAUUCAUCGCCGAGGCGGUCUUGCAACGGUUAAAGUUGCUGGUCUUCCAACGCUACAAACCGAAGUUCUGGGCCCGGUAUGUGGAUGACACCUUCGUCGUGAUCAAACGGGAUCAGGUGCUGACAUUCCAAGAACAUCUCAACGUCGUCUUCCUGGACAUUCAAUUCAGGAUGGAGGAGGAAAAGAACAACCAACUGGCCUUCCUGGAUGUCCUCGUAUGCCGCAACGAUUGUGGUGGACUAAAUACCAAAGUGUUCAGGAAAGCGACAAAUACGAUGCAAGUAAUGAACUUCAACAGUAACCACCCAAAUCUCAAACACGUCUGCAUCUUCGUUCUGUUCUGCAAGGCAAAAGGGAAAAGGCACGCUGGAAACUCAACAAUACAAAUCGCCGUUCCUUUUUUCUCGGCUUCCCACCAAAUGCGUCUUUGUCCGCCACUACAAAACAAUGACGCCAGACCGGUCAUGAUGGCUGCCGGCUACAGAGGUGGCAAGGCGGCGCUGGUGCGGACAGGGAUGCUAUCGACCUUCCAGCCUUUAAAUUGCCUUUGAUUUAGCAGCUUUUAACAGUCCUGACCAAACACUCACACAUUUUUUUCGAUUUUCGGUGCUCGGUUCUUCCGGUGGUUAUUAUAAUAAUAUAAUAGGCUCUAGUAAAUAUACUAGUACCUAUAGAACAAACUUUCAUUGAUGUGUAUUGCAUGCUUAGUUGGAGUUUCAUUUUGGGACAGAUUUUAACAGAAAAACACCAUAUCCUAGAGUCUCAUACUUCCGGAUAAAUCCAACAACCUUAUCUUUGUCUGAUUGACAGACGACUGAGCCGCCUCCUUAUUCAAUUAUCGCGGGUACGAUGCCAGUCCAGACUAUCCUCUCGCCUUAGUUUUUGAUUUUCACACUGCUGUCCUCAUACGGAAUACGUCCCAUUAUCUUAUCAUAUAUAUAAUGAUGGGUUACAUUCAUGCUGCCUUGUGUUGUUAACUGAAGUACGCAUAAUUUCAGGUGCCAGGCAUUGAACUCUUACUGCGAACUUUAACCCGUUGAUACCUCAAGCUGUCACCGUUAAAAACACUCCGGACUUAGGGGGAGACAUGACAGCAAUUCAGAAGCCUUGGGCGUUUAUCAAUGAUGGGUUGUGACAGAACAUCCGUAGGACUCAUCACAAAUGAACCUUGUUUUUUCAAGGAACCGAAUAUUCUGAAUCUUCGUCGAAUUUGAAGAAUAGAUAGGGCCGGAGAGCCUUUUUCGAUUUAGUGUGUUUCCUUACUCUCCGCCAUAUAUUUGUUUCCCAGCGGUGUGUUGUCUCCUCCUAUUACAGUUUUAUUGAUGAAGCUCUCCGGAUUCCUUUAUUAAGUAUUUGGUGUUUAUUUAUCAGACAAGACUGAUAGCCGGCUAAAACAACAGAUACUGUAUAAACCACUUUCGGCUCUUUAGCCGGCCUCUAUAGCUGGCUAACGUUGCCCGCGGGCAGCGCUAAGUCUAAGACCCUGUCUUGGAUAACCAGAUGCUCCAGCUCAGACUGUAUGGCAAUUGAACCUCAAGUCAAGCGCACCGCCUUGUUCCACUGUCGGCUGCGAUCAGAAGUAUGAAUUCACGUGGAGCGGGCGUCGGGCGUUCACCGGCCUGGUUACAGUAUACAACAUGCUCGUUCCCUUAUGCCUUAAUGCCUGGGUCUUGUGGAGUCUCAAAUAGGAAGCCAGUUAGACCUCUGUGAGGCUGAAAAGCGAUAGCCCAAUGGCAUUCGCAUUGUCUUCUCCAAUGUGAUCAGCCGCAAACCCACUUGGCAGACUCGCUGCGUGGGCAAGUCAUGCCAAGGACGUCCGUCUAAUCGUCCUUUGAUGGGGCUCUAAUCUGUUGCCUUGUACUAGUGCACUAACUCCGACUUCCUCGGCAAAUUUGUCUUGGCCAAACAUGUUUAAGCUCAUGUUUGCCCACGCCUAAAGGGUAUCACUGAAGCGUCAGGAUUGCAGUUUCGCCGUUAACUUCCAGUUCGAUUGCACUCCGAUCGACCUCCUUCACACCUAUUCUCUUCAUAUAUCUUGUAGUCCGCUCAACAGCCCCAACGACUAUCACAAGUAAAGGACCCUUGCGUCGUACUCUUGCCACUCUUCCCGCCCAUCGGGCGAGGUCAAUAGUACUGGAGAUGGUCGUACGCGCAGUGGUUAGUCACCAUGUAAGCGGGCUACGCCUAGGAAACAGAUCUCACUUAUUCGAAUCUCGACUCAAUGCAAGUUUCCGCAAGCCCACAUUCUAUUGGAGCCGUUACGUGCUACGUUCGAUUAUCAACAUCAGGCCGUUUAUCCAUUUGGCAAUCUCCGAAGUCACGGAUUUUAGAGUUCUGUAGUGGAUCCGAGACAAGCCAGAUUUUUACCACCACCAUUACUAGAAUACGCUGUGUGGGCCCAGCCCCACUUAUUUUCACCUUAUUAUGAAUCAGCGGCGAGGCCUAGCCCAACGAACUGCCCAUAUAAAGUAUACGAGGCCCCCGUCUCUUGUGUGCCACACACACACACAUUCGGCCGCCGUUUAGGACUGACUUGACGGGACCGCCAAUUUUGCGGCCCCACGGAUUAAUUGUACAUAAACCUCUGGCCAAUGCCUUACCCGAGGGUCUGGUCAGACGAACCAAGAGUUUUCCGAAGCUACCAAACUAUUGGUUUGCAUCUUCGUUAUGAUGUUAUCUCAUAUAGCCGAAUUCCAUUUCGGUAAAUUUUCGUCAGUCCGGUACAUUUAUAUGGGAACGAGGCACGAGUAAAACAUGUGUUAUAAGACAAAUCGAUCAAUUCAUCUCUUCAUGUGGGAUAUGGGAAUAGGGAGGAGGAAGAGAUAAUAAAAGACAGUAAGUUAGGAGGCAGUGAGAAUUAGGCAAAGUGGGAGGAGGGCUCAGUUAACCGACCUUUGGCUACCGUAGGCGUGGAGCUAUACCAGGUUAUUCAGUGCCCACAAGACAGGCCUCUGUAACCUGCUGGUAAUCCUUCUGUUGUUGCCAAAAUACGAUUGCCUAGUGGCUUAGGGUAAUUCGAUGGAACCCUGUUAAUUACACGGAGGGAUUCGUCGGGAAUAAAUACAAUGAUAUGGAUCAACCAUGUAUGCGAGAAUAACGCAGUUUAUGCAUCUAUUUUCACCUUUUUUCAAUCAUGCCGCGAGGUGUCCCUGUAUUCUUUUGGAUAGGUACCUACUCGUGCGACCAAUAUAACCUGCUCCACCGGAGCAAAUAAAGAACGCAGUUCCCCUAACUAAUUUCCUCUACCCGGUCCUUAAAACGGCUGUCUCAAGCAAGUUUGCUUGUGAGCCAGCUCUGCCAGCUGUCAAAUGUCUCAAAGGACUCAGUCGCCGUACUCUCCAACGUAAAUUUUGGGGUUUAUCUCACCGGGAUAACGGGCAGUUUGUGCCAGAUCUGAUCUCAGUUUUCCAUCCGUCUCCAUCACCUUCGUGGCUGUCUUUGUGAGCACUACAAGUUUUAGACAAACACCGGACUCUGACAGGCCGCAUCUAUUUUACAGGAAGCCGACCCAUAAAAUAUUUUUCUCAACUUGUGUUUCUAUGGUGGUAUUUUUGCAAUUUGCUUAUGGGCAUAAGUUGCACCACGCACAUGUACUCCACAUUUAGGGCCUUCAGGGCAGUCGAACCACCUUGCCCUUCAUGUUCCCACACUAAAAAGAAUAAUUUCGUCAUAUGGCUGUGGCAACUGCGGUUUUACUUUAUUGUAGGAUGGGGUGUCCUUACUUCACUUGACCUUAAAACUCAGGCUAGGGUUUUUGCAGUUAGUCUCACAAUAGUGAAUGGACAACAAACGAAAAAUGUAUAAUGGGAAAAACCGAUGGACGGCAAGUCUUCUGGCCUACUUGUCGUCGCCAGGUAACGUUACCCGAUUGGAGGUUAGUAAGUCUAUGGAUUUGCACCCCAAUCAGUCGACCCAGUAUUAACCACAGUUCGGUGCCCCGUCAUCUUGCUACGUCCUCCUCUUUCAUCGGCCAUCGCGAACGCUCACAUAGUGGUCUUUGUCACCCGACAAGUGUCGAUACAGUACAGUGACACUUGAUUUCAGCAUGUGACCAAGAUACGAAAUUUAGACGACGAGUGACUGAUAAUCCAAAGGGCUUUGUCUACAAUGUCUCGCGGUCAUCCUCGUGCGCUGGUGGGCCAUUUUCGGCCCUUAGACUUUGCAGUCGUUUUGUUUUUGCUCCUGGCUCAGAUUUAUUGUAUGUUGAAAAUAUCUUCUCUGUAGAGACAGCCUUUACAAUGGUGAUACUGCGGAAUUGGGCACCCGUUGUGAACCAAGGAAAGCGUUUGUAUAGUUUGAAUUUCCAUCGGCACCAAAUACUUUCUCUGAGUAGGCCUUUACUUGCUUUGCAUUACCGUUCUUAAGGACAAAAAAUCUGGUGGUGUUCGAUCAGCUUUGCUGUUGUUCCCGCGUCCAUUUGGUCGUACUUCUUCUACAAAAGGCAGGAACACAAAAGAAAGUUACACGAAGAGGAGUUUGGCCGCCCGUUUUUCAAACCAUUUCCACGAACCCACAAGGUAACUUGUAUUUAAUUCAGCUCUUAAACAUACUAGCCUUUCCCAUGGGGCAAUGGAGAAACUCCUUUCUUUCAAACGAUGAAAACGUAUUGGGGUUUUACUGACGAAGAAUAG